CCCAGGGGGGAAGGGCUGACUCUGUCCAAAAUGUCCGCCCAUGCCAGCGGAGCUUGCUAAACCCCGAAAAUGCAACGAGUGGAGACGAAAGAUGAAAAAACAUUCACCGCUGUUGCCUGAGCGUGUAGCUUCCGGCCGGCCUCCCUCACAGGCACAGCAGGUGCGCUCUGAUAGGCCGGACAGUUGGCCCGGGUUUGCAUUUCAGAGACGCGGCCGCGUUGCCGCUCGUGUGCUCAGCUGCCUGCGAGGCUGCGCUGCGUGCGGUCCAGCUGGGAUUAGCAGGAGGAUUUCCACCGUGUGCUUCAGAUUGGCUUUGAAGAAAUGCUGUCACGGGUGUGGGAGUCCCAACCCAGGGUUAUCAAGUUCUCUCGGAGACAUCAGAGAGGUUCCUCUGCGAACAGCUUGAGGCGGCAGAAGAGAGAUUGGGUCAUCCCACCUAUCAAUGUUCCUGAAAACUCCCGAGGACCUUUCCCACACAUGCUUGUCAGGAUCCGCUCGGAUCAGGAUAAGGACGUCGGCAUCCGCUACAGCAUCACGGGCGCCGGCGCCGAUCAGCCUCCGAGCGGAAUCUACAACAUAGACCCCAUCAGCGGCAACAUGUUUGUCACCCAGCCCCUGGACCGCGAGGAGAGAGCCUCCUUCCACCUGCGAGCCCACGCAGUGGACAUGAAUGGGAACCAGGUGGAGAACCCGAUAGACCUGUACAUCUACGUGAUCGACAUGAACGACAACAGACCCGAGUUUCAAAACCAGGUUUACAACGGCUCGGUGGCUGAAGGGUCCAAACCAGGCUCGUCUGUGAUGCAAGUGACAGCCACGGAUUCGGACGACUCCACCACGGCCAACGGCAUGGUGCGCUACCGGAUCCUCUCGCAGACCCCCCACAGUCCCAUCCCCAAUAUGUUUACCAUCAACAGCGAAACGGGAGACAUCGUUACCGUGGCCGCCGGACUGGACAGAGAGAAAGUGUCGCAGUACACCAUUAUCGUCCAGGCCACGGACAUGGAGGGCAACCUGAACUUUGGGCUCUCCAACACGGCCACGGCGCUCAUAUCCAUCACCGACAUCAACGACAACCCGCCAGAACUGACAGUCAGGACGUUUUCCGGUGAGGUGCCAGAGAACAAGGUGAACGUCGUGGUAACCAACCUGACGGUGGUGGACCGGGAUCAGCCCCACAGCCCCAACUGGAACGCGGUCUAUCGAAUCGUCAGCGGCGAUCCGUCGGGACACUUCACCAUCCGCACAAAUCCCAUCACGAACGAGGGGAUGCUCACGGUGGUCAAGCCGGUGGAUUUCGAGAUGAACCGCGCCUUCAUGCUGACGGUGGUGGUGUCCAAUCAGGCCCACCUGGCGAGUGGCAUCCAGUCCUCGCUUCAGUCCACGGCGGGGGUCACCAUCUCUGUCCAGGAUGUGAACGAGCCGCCCGUCUUCCCCGUCAACCCUAAGACGAUCCGUUUCGAGGAGGGCGUGCCGGCGGGGACCACGCUCACGGUGUUCGCAGCUCAGGACCCCGACCACUUCAUCCACCAGAUCGUCAGGUACUCGAAGCUCUCCGACCCGGCGAACUGGCUGAAGAUCAACAGAACCAACGGUCAGAUUACCACCAUGGCCUUGCUGGACAGGGAGUCCAUGUACGUCAAAAACAACAUGUACGAAGCCACGUUCUUGGCGUACGACAAUGGUAAGUCUGGUUCGCCGCAGGCCAGCGGGACCGGGACGCUCCAGAUCUACCUGAUUGACGUCAACGACAACGCUCCCGUGCUGAUACCCAAGGAGGCGCAAAUCUGCGAGCGAGCCCGGCCCAACUCCAGAAUAAACAUCACGGCUUCGGACGCCGACGCCGAGCCCAACGUCGGGCCGUUCGUCUUUGAGCUGCCUUCGUUUCCUGCCAGCAUCCGCCGAAACUGGACCAUCUCCAGACUGAGCGGCGACUACGCUCAGCUCAGGCUGAGGAUUCCUUACCUGGAGGCAGGCGUCUACGUGAUCCCGGUCAUAGUGUCUGACUCGGGGAACCCGCCUCUGUCCAACCGUUCCAUGAUCAGGAUCAAAGUGUGUCCCUGCGACAACAACGGGGACUGCAGUGCCACGGGGGCGGUGGCGGCUGCUGGCCUCGGCACCGGAGCCAUCAUCGCUAUCCUCAUCUGCAUCAUCAUACUGCUGAGUAUGGUUCUGCUGUUCGUGGUGUGGAUGAAGCGCAGAGAGAAGGAGCGGCAAGCGAAGCCCCUGCUGAUCGACCCAGAGGACGACGUCAGAGACAACAUCCUGAAGUAUGACGAAGAGGGAGGCGGAGAGGAAGACCAGGACUACGACCUGAGCCAGCUGCAGCAGCCAGAGUCUCUGGACCACAUCAUCAGCAAGCCAACGGGGGUGCGCCGGGUCGAUGAGAGGCCUGUGAUUGCUGAGUCGCAGUACCCCGUCAGACCCAGCAUGCCCCACCCGGGGGACAUAGGAGACUUCAUAAACGACGGUCUGAGGGCCGCCGACAACGACCCCACCGCUCCACCGUACGACUCUCUGCUGGUGUUCGACUAUGAGGGUAGCGGUUCGACCGCCGGCUCCGUCAGCUCGCUCAACUCCACCAGCUCAGGAGACCAGGACUACGACUACCUCAACGACUGGGGUCCUCGUUUCAAGAAGCUGGCAGACCUCUACGGGGGAGGAGAGGACGACUGAGAGCGGGGCGCGGGCGGUGGUGGUGGUGGGGGGGGGGCUGUGGCAGGGGUCUGGAGAGGCAGGAACGGUCGAAAGAGGAUGUAAAGCACCUGACAACACGAAUAGACCUGAGAGGAACGGACUCUUUUCCACGGGCUGCAGUAGUCGGCCGAGCCCGCAGACGUGAACUCCGCUGCAAUGCAACUGUAUUCUGGCUUUAUGGUUUUUAGUGCCGAGUUUGUAGUGUGACAUUUUCAGUUUUUCUCCUUUUUUUUUUUCCGUUCUCUCGCCACGCUGGACCUGGAUUCCUCCGGGGACGAAUCAAGGCGGGCCGCGAGACACAUGAGUAGUGAAUUUUGUGCUUUGAUUGAUUGUUGAAAACAAAACUAUCUCCGGCUUUAGUCUCACACUGAAGAGAAUGUUUUUAUUUGGGAGGGAAAGAGGGGGAAGGGGCGCUCACCGACUCUCUCUUUAACUCUUUGCCAACUUGAAUUUCCUUAGAACAGAAGCACUGUCAUUUUAUAAAGUGCCUUUUGUGGUGUGUUUUUGUAUCAGACUCCUGCUAUCUCAGGAUUGGUUGCUGUUUGUGCAGUACAACGGGGGCGACGCGCUCUGUCGUUUCCCCCGUCAUCCUCAGACCAGCCCUGCCCACCUCUUUUUUUUUUGUCCUCGCCCAAUCGCAGACAUGCAAACAGCCCCAGCAGCCUGUCCCAGGAGAGGGAGGACGCAAUCCAGGGCGGACUACCGGACCCCAUAACCCGUCGAGUUAAAGAGUUGUCGAGGGAGGGUUGGACCACCCUCUUCUCCAAGAACCUGCUCAGUCCACUGGCAUCCUCCCCUAACCCCCCAAAAACCCUUGUCAACCCAGCGUCAACAUUUUUUUAUACAUGUUGGGGGUUUUAUAAUUUAUUGGAGAAUGCUUGCCUUUCUUCUGUGGACUCAUGAGGUUUUAAGGAGCCUUUGUGUUGAGACGCUUGCCUGCCCCUUGUAUGGUUUUGUGUUGCUAACUCCACGGUGUAAAGCUUAACGUAGGCAUGAUUCGAUUAGUCGGGAAAAACGUUGAUCGAGGGGAACUCAAAUGACUCGGAACGAAGACGCCUGAAGAAGAUUCUUUUGGUCGCCUUGAACAUUCCUGUUUAUUCUUUUGUUUGUUUGUUUGUUUGUUUUUGUUUAGGCCGACAAAGCUAUUAAAAGGUGCAUGGGUUUUUUUUUUUUUGGUUUUUUUUUUUGGUUUGGUUUGGUUUUUUCUUUUCUUUAGAUGUUUUACUCAAAGCACUUGUUACUCUGUGGUGAGAAUGUGAAAAUAGUCAGCAGAAACUAUAUGAAUAUACUCUGUAUAAAGACACUGAGAAAAUAAAAAAAAAUUCUGUAAAAUA